AUGCAAGAUUGGAAUUAUCUAGUUACUGGAUGUAUGGAAAUCACAUUAGAACUGGGUUGUACUAAAUAUCCAUGGGCAUCAGAAAUAUCCACCUAUUGGGACGAUAAUAAAUAUUCACUUGUUACACUUUUAUCUGAGGUUCAUCGAGCUUUACGCGGUUUUGUUUUGGAUGGUUCCACAAAUCUGCGUAUCGGAGAAGCUUCGAUUCACGUAGAAGGAUUGAAUCAUCUGGUCAAUUCAACACCACUUUAUGGAGAUUAUUGGCGUCUACUCCCACCUACUGGUGUAUUUCGCGUAUGGGCUUCAAAAAUUGGGUAUCUUGAUUCACUUAAAUAUGAAGUAAAUGCAUCUCUUCUACCUUAUGUACCGAUUACAAGUAGUGAACAGUUAAAUUUCACCUUAUGGCCUAAUAACCCGUCAACUAUGAAAUGGUCUUAUCAGUUAGAUUACAAUAUCACCGAGAAUCGUUUACCAUUAUUCAUAAAUGAAUCAACCUAUACAGAAGCAAUUAAAAAUCUAUUCAAAAUCCAUCCUAUUUAA